AAUGGUCUGAUCGACCUUUUAAACUGAUACUAAAAUUUUUAGACUCGACCUUCACUUACUUUUGUCGCUUGAAAAGAAAAAUCAAGGCCAUCUUUGAUUGGCGGUCAAUUUUUCUUUAAAAUCUCUUUUAUAUCGAGAACGAGAAAAAAGACAAAGAAAAGAAAAGAAAACGCUAGAAAAGAACAAUCAAGGGGGAGUUUUCGGGUGACGGCAAAUAUCGGAGGCCAAAUGAAAAAUGGGAGACUCGGGAGACAGCAGCAACAAAGGGUUGGAAGUCACAGACUUGGAUCUGCCAUCGAAUAAGCAUGGAAACUUGAAGAUUGCUUCAAGCGAUCAAAAUCUCAAGGACAUCCUUCUUCAUACCAAGUCCUCUAAAACUGCUACAGUUAUCAAUUACGGAGCCUCAUGGUGCGGUGUUUGUAGCCAGAUUCUGCCUACAUUUUGCCAGUUGAGCAACCAGUUCCCAAAGCUCUCUUUCGUGUAUGCAGAUAUUGACGAAUGCCCUGAAACCACGCAGCAUAUUCGUUACACUCCUACAUUUCAUUUUUAUCGAGAUGGUGAAAGGGUGGAUGAGAUGUUCGGUGCUGGAGAAGAGCGGCUUCAGGAUCGCUUGUGGUUACAUUCCUGAAGAAUUGUGUCAGCAUCAAAUUUUGGAAACAAGUGCUUUCCUCUAUAUCUCCUUUGUAAUUGACUUUGAGCAUCCUAAUUCCUGAUUAUAAAAUUAUUGAACUUCACUUGACCCUGGUGGUAUACUAGUAUUGAUGCAUAUUGA